AUGUCGCUUGCAAAACUUACUGCAGUCUCGACGAAGACACUUUCCCUGUUACUUGAACGACAACGUCUUCAAACAUUACCCAUCGAUGGGGCCAACGCUUCAGCUAAUGGAAGUUCUUUGCAUUAUCCACAGAUAAAGCGAAAUUUGGCUCAGCUAAGGGAGGGGAUCCAUGCCAUGGAAUCAAAAGAUGGGCCUUCGUCGGAAGCUGCUAAGCUCCUGCGAAACCAGUAUGAUAGAAUGCGAGGGAUGUUGUGGGAAGAGGAACGGGCAGAAAUACCGAGUUUGGACAACGAACGCUCGUCACCAUCCCCACCGCUACCAGAACCCAUUAAACCUCCGCCCUUUACACAUACAAACGCAAGGGAUUCUCUGCUAUCACAUCCAACGUUUGCUCCUUAUACAGACGAUCCCGAACAAGGCCAAAGCACGGAACCCCCCGACGCAGGAACCAUGUUACACACCCAACGAUUUAUCAUGCAAGAACAGGAUCAACAACUGGACCAACUAUCUCAUUCUAUAAAUCGGCAGCACCAUAUAUCCUUACAGAUAAACGAAGAACUGGAUGUCCAUCAUGGUUUGCUCCAGGAUUUGGACACUGAAAUUGAUAGGACACAAGGACGAUUGGGAAAGGCUCGCAAAAAACUGGACCACGUUGCUCAAGGGAUUAAAGAGAAUGGCUCUGUUGUUGCCAUCGGCGUGUUGAUAUUCAUUCUACUCAUCCUCAUCAUUCGAUUCAAAACAUGA